AUGUCAAAGUUUUCGUACGACGAUCUUCCUUGGGACGUAGCAGACCAGCUAGUAUGUCUUGAUUUCGAAUUACAAGAAGGCGAUAUUACACAGAAAGGCUAUGAAAAGAAGAGGAAUCAGCUGUUGGAGCCUUAUCAAGACUUGAUUGCUGAGAGGACGGCUGCUGCCAUGAACCGACGACGAAUGAGUUCUACGAACGAAGAUGAUCAGCCAGACACCAAUGUUACAUCCGAGUUGGCUCUUCUCGACCUCGGUCCUGAGCCAAGUGCUGCUGAUGUUACAGAUUUCCUUGAUUUCUUGCCUUCUCCAUCACAUUCGCCAGCAGCAGAUACGAAAGGCGCAGCAUUGAUGGAGGAGCACCACCAGCAGCAACAACAACAGAACUCUGCAUUUACCGUGCAACAACCAUCAGACCCAAUGGCUCAAAUGGGUGUUCGUCGUCCUCCUCCACCGUCUCAUACCAUCCCAACUUCUUCGACUAGCUCUAUCCGACCACCACCACCACAGUUACAACAACAACAACAACAACAACCCCGCCCUUUCAUGCCGGAUAAUAGCUACAACACCAACAAUAGACCUCCUCCACCUCCACCACAAAGUUACAUGAAUCGCCCUGUAUUUGAUCCGCGUAUGGGUCCUGCUCGUCCCAUGUAUGGUAAUCAGUAUAUAGGUAGACCUCCCAUGAACAACGGAUUUAGUAGGCCUCCUCCUCCUCCACUGCCGAAUGCUCAAAUGAACCCAAUGUACCGGCCUCAACCGCCUCCUCCACAGUCCAUGUACAGUUAUCGACCACCAUCUCAUUUAAAUGCCACGAAUGGACCUCCCACACCUACUCAUAUUGUGCCUCCAUUCUCUCAACAACAUAAUCGAUCGCCCUCGUUGGAUUCAAAACAUGAUAUGCUCAAUAAGAGCUAUCCACAAAGCGUACGUCAAAUGGACAUGGUGGCUGAACCAGAUAGCUUGCCUUCUGCUGUAGAUUGGGAGACUUCAUCUGCUUCAUGGCGACCUAGUGGUGGUGGUCUUGGAAGAGAGGCGUCCAUCAUGUCAGCGUCCAGUCGCAUGCGUCAAUCCCUCUCAUCCAACAGUCUUUUGUCCAUGGUCGAUUUAUAUGGACCAGCUACCGUACGUUGUUCUCGCUCUAACAGCAGCAGAAGCAACAGCAUUAACGGGAGAAGCAGAUACAGAGACAGCUACAUGGCUACCACCUUCAAAGCCAUUGAACCAGCCCCACAACCCAAACUUAUGCUGAACGAUCUUAUCGACCAAAUGUUUCUGCAAGACUUGGCAGGCCGUCAAAUGACACCAUUGAAGGGUCGAUCUAUUCCAUUCACACUCUAUGACGCAGACAAUAAAACGGUAUUGACAGAUUUCCCAAAUUUAGCACACGUGCUUCGAUUCAGAUCAGCAAAGAGUGGCGAUCGAUUGAAAGAUGCAUUUUCGCUUGUGGAUGCGCGUGGCAAGGAGCCUACAACACUGUCUUGGGAGAAACUGAAUGCGCGUGCCGAGAAAAUUGCUCAAGUUAUCAAAUCCAAGGGCAACGUCAAGCCAGGCGAUCGUAUUGCACUCAUCUAUCGAAAAUCAGAAGUACUCGAAUUCAUCCCAGCAUUGUUUGGCUGUUUCUUGGCUGGAGUGACAGCUGUCCCUAUCAAUGCUGCCGAGGAUCUGUCUGAACUCUCCUUUAUCUUGACACUGGCCAACAUUUACCUCAUCUUGACAACCGAUCACAACCAGCGAGCAUUCACCAAGGACAUGCAAGCAAAAUCCAUCGAAUUUCCUCCCAGUAUCAGCUGGUGGAAGACAAACGAGAUGGGGACAUGGUAUCCAUCCAAAAAGGCAGCUGAAUAUCCACCUAUCAAAGUGCCUGAAAUUGCAUAUAUCGAAUAUGCAAAAGCAAGCAAUGGCGAAUUGAAGGGUGUCACCGUUUCCCAUGCUUCUAUUAUGGAACAAUGUGCAACAUUUCAAGCGGCUACAACAGAGACAACAAUCAUCACUGGGGAAGAUGGCGCUGUUCUGGUCAAGCCCAAGAAGAAUGCUCGUAGUCCAGAGACCGUGGUUAGUUAUUUUGAGCCGAGACAGCAAAUUGGCUUGAUUCUGUCUGUCCUACACUCUGUCUAUGCGGGAAACAACAUGGUAUUUGCCAGCGGUUCCAUUGUGGAUUCGCCUGCUGUUUGGAUUUACGUCCUGUCAAAGUAUAAAGCAACCAUGGCAUUGGCCGAUUACCCUGCAUUGAAAUCCAUCACAAAAUACUACCAAGCACAUCCCAAAGAGGUCAACUCGCACAGCAAAAAAGUGACACCCGACUUGUCCUCGCUUCGAUAUCUCAUAGUCGAUACCAACACAGUGCGCCCUGAAUUGAAUCAAGACAUUGCCGACAAACUGCUGCGUCCACUGGGCAAUACCGAUAAUCCACUCGAAGUAGUCUGCCCUGUACUGUCUCUACCCGAACACGGCGGCAAAAUCCUCAGUAUGCGAGACAACCUGGGACCUGCUUACACGGAAGAAUUUGUCGAAACCGAGGAAAUCAUCACUGAAGAUGGACAUCAAAUCAGUCGACCCGUCAUCAAAACGCAGUCUGUCCUGGCACCAGGCAGCUCUCGUGAUGUCUUUGCUUGUUUAUUUGAUGCGCAAGCCUUGAAAUUGAACAAGGUCAUGGUGGUAGCUGCAGGCGCAGAUGCUCAAAAGGAAAAACUCGCUAAUGAAGCAGGCAGAGUAUGUGUGGAAUCGUUCGGUUUUUGUAUGCCAAAAGCAUCGGUGGCGAUUGUGGAUCCUGACGCAGCGACAUUUUGUCCUGCUGAUACGGUGGGUGAGAUUUGGGUGAAUUCGCCUACCAUGGACGGUGGUUUCUGGGCAUUACCAAAGCACACAGAAUCCAUCUUUCAUGCACGUCCUCUGAUUGUGCCUUCUGAAUCGUCUUAUCCAGAGGUGUACGGCGAGUCUUUUCUGAGAACUGGGCUGUGUGGUACCAUCAUUGGUGGUCGGCUGUUUGUGCUUGGCUCUUAUGAAGAACGUAUUAGACAGCAACGUUUGGGUGCUGAUUUUGGGUUGGAAGAUAUCUACUAUGCUAGUGAAUUGUUGAAUACAGUAACAAAACGUGCGCGUAUUGAGCAGUGUACUGUAUUUGAAGUGCGAGUCAACGAUCAACAUCUACCAGUAGUUGUAUGCGAAUCCAGUGCUCAAAGAUCUGAUAUUGCUCGAGUAGCAACCGAAAUAGAUGAAGCAUUGAUUGAAUUUCAUGGACUGAGAGCGUAUGCCAUUGUGUUUGUCAAGGAGAAUGGCUUACCCAGACAACUGAUUCACGGACGACGUGCUAUCCAUCCGCUGUUGACCAAGAGAUACUUUUUGCAAGGACAGCUCGCUAUCCGCUAUAUCAAAAUUGACGUGGAUCGCACCAUCUUCAACUUGGCCGAGAAUGAAGACCCCUCCAAGGACUUGUGGCUUUCUGGCAUGGCGUAUGAAAAGGCGGUUCGAACAGGCGCGAUUGUACCUCACCCUCAGCAUCAACACACGGGCAUGGAAAAGGUACGCGUGGUGGUAGAUGAACGAACCGAAUACGACGUUUCUCGAUUUACCAAUAUCGUGGAUAUCUUGCAAUGGCGUACCACCAUGAACCCAGAGGAAGUGUGCUACACGGUGUCCACACAGAAUGGGUCUACAAUCAGCACCAAGCCUUAUACAUGGAGAAAGUUGAGCUACAAGUCUGCUACCGUGGCAACGCAUUUGACCAAGAAGGGGCUGAAACGAGGUGCCAAGGUUCUGGUGAUGAUGCCUUUUGGCAUUGACUACAUUAUCUGUAUCUAUGCAUGUCUUGCGAUGGGCGUGGUUCCUGUGCCUGUGGAGCCUGUCGAUCCUCAGCAGCAACCACAGCGUAUAUCCGAGUUUUCGAUGCAAAUAGUGGACGUAGCACGCGAACUUGGCGUUACAGCCAUCCUGGUCAACUCGGGUGGUGAUGAUGUGAUGAAGCACAGUGCUGUCAAGGCUGCUAUCAAGACGCAUAUUCACAAGAGCUACAAGCUCCCUGAAGUGAUCAACAUUUCCAAAGCACCCAAGCACCACAAGAUGCUGGGCAAAGAAAGCGGUUUCAUGGUGCGUCCGGACUGGAUCAACAAGAACAGACAUUCACCUACCGUUGUGCUGAUCCAAACCACUUCAGAUGGCCGUCGCUGCUAUACGCAUCUCAGUCAUGACACCAUUCUGAAUCAGUGCAGAACACAAAAGACAACGUGUCAAAUGCGAUUUCAACGAGGCAUAGUCACCACUGGCUUGGGUACGUACGAGGGCCUGGGUUUCUUGCACGCUCUGUUCUGUGGUGUUUAUGUUGGCUGCAGCACUGUGUUGAUCCCCUCUGCUGAUUUCUACAUGAAUCCUGCUUGUUUCUUUGAGUCGUUGCAGCGUUACAAGACCAAAGACGCCUUCUUGACCAAUGCGUUGGUGCAAUUUGCCAUGAACCGCAUGAACAACAAUGAUUGCAAGCACAUUACACUGAAGGGUGUCCAGAAUCUCAUGCUGGCAAACGACGGCAGGCCCAAACCGCUUCUGUAUCAGCACAUGGCGAGAUACUUUGCGAGACAAAAGCUGGACAAGGAGUCCAUCAACACGGUGUACAGCCAUGCUGCGAAUCCCAUGAUUACGACACGCUCUUACAUGCUGAUGGAGCCUAUUGCCAUCUCCAUUGACCCUUACUGGCUGCGUCAAGGUAUCAUUCGCACACUCAGCCCCGAAGAAGAGCACUAUGGCAUCUUGCUCAAUGACUCUGGCAUCGUACCCAGCAACACCAUGGUGGCUAUAGUAAAUCCAGAGACAUUGACCAUCUGUCCAAGUAACGUGGUCGGUGAGAUUUGGGUGUCUUCAGACAGCAAUGCCACCACCAUGUUCCAAAUGGACGAUGCGACACACGAAAAGCGAUUUGAAGCUACCAUUGCUGGCAAUGACCCUAAUAUCAAAUACAUGCGCACCGGUGAUUUCGGCUUCUUGUGGAAUGUAAGACGUCGCGUGGAUAACCGAAUGAUGCAGCCCAUGAUGCUGGAAGAAGGUCAAUGUCUCUACGUGCUUGGUCCUGCCAGCGAAACCAUUGUUAGAAAUGGUUUGAUUUACUUUCCAAUUGAUGUGGAACUUUCCAUUGAGCGAUGUCAUCCAGCCAUUCCAUCUGGUGGAAGUAUUGUUUUCCAGCAUAAAGAUGAAGUGGUGGCAGUGGUCUCUGUCAAGACCAAUGAACAUGCUUUGGCUGUAGUGCCACUCGUUGUCAAUGCUGUACUGGAUCAUCAUUCCUUCCUGGUAGAUACAGUCAUUAUAGUGCAUCCUAGCAACUUUCCCCGAUCUCGUUUUGGCGAUAAACAGAGACGAAAGGCCAUGAAUUCCUUUGCUGACAAGAAACUAACCGCCAUCUACGUCAAGCGCAUCACCAACCUGCAUCAAAGCAUCAUGCUCCCUCAAUGGACGCAAUCCCAACUGUCUGUCUCUGACAUGCACGGCGACACGGCUUCUGUCAUCAAUAGUCCUCGUGCCCAUUCUAUUUCUGAUUUGAACUCUGAUUUUGACAAGCAAUCGAUUUCUCAACAGCUGGCUCGACAAGAUACAGCAAGUAGUCGUUUUACACACUCCAAUACAGGCUCUGCUGUGCAUACACCUAUUUAA